AUGAUGAUCUUCUGCCGACCCUUUAUCCUCGCCGCCACCCUGUUCUGCCUCAUCAGUGUCGCUCUCGGAGUUCCCGACAUCAUCCGAAACAGCGAAUACGGUAUUCGCUGGCUGUACGAGGAAGCGUACAACGGACGCUUCCGCUACAAUCUCGGUCGCGAUUUCCCGCCGCUCCAACAGCCCUGGACGCAGUUCCUCCAGAGCCGAGGUGGUCCGAUCAUCAACGGUCACUAUGAUCAAAACCGACACGUUCAGGGUUGGACCCAGGGCGACCUAGGAAUCCUGCUUGAUCGAGCCUCUGGACGCAACCCGACGGAUCACGCCUUUCCGGAUGACCGACUGGUGGCGCGUCAGGCGAUGAUGGUCCUUGUCCAGCGGUUUGCUGAAGAGCAGGCGGCUGCGCGUGCUGCUCGAGCCGCUGCUGCCGGCAACGGCGCCGCUGGAGCCAGCCGUGGCCGCGCAGGAUGA